UGACCUCCUCCACAAAAACUCCUCGCUAUGGGGAGCAAAAAAACAAACGAAGAGCGCCACCUGAUGGAGAACACAUAUAUACCUCUCGCUUUGAAUCUUCCUCUCGGUCAAAAGUCCAGCAAAGCCUGGAAUGUCAAUGAGUCUCACGAAACGAAGACAGCAAUUUAGAAAUGAUCCAAUUGUUUAGCUAACGAGAUAUAUAUAUUUAUACAUUCGGUGGAGAAAUGCAUUUACUCAAGCAAAUAGCUAUUGCAGCAGUAUAGCUACUUAGUUAGACAAUAAGUUCACAUUUCUGGAAUAUUUCUAAAGAUCUUUGUUUUGAAAAAACGAUUAGCUUGCUGGCUAGCGAAGUUACCAGUGAAAACAACUGUUAUAAGGCUGUAUUCGGGACGUCUGAGAGAAACAAACUGUCAGCUACAGCAAGGUUAUCAGUUGUUUCCUGGGCGAGGACAAGACAAGUGCUACAACAUUCUGCAUCAGCUCUGCGAGCUGAGCCAGGCCUCAACCAUGGCAGGUGGAGCACAGGCAGCAAGAUGUCAUUCUCCUCAUCCAACGAGGGCCAAGGGAAGCCCAAGCCCAAAUCCCCACUGCACAAGAGAGGGAGUCUGCAGAGUACCACCAGCCCUGAUCUGCGUGGUGUAGCAGGGCAGGCCAAGACCCUGAAGCCUCAGCGCUCCCUCCCUGGGACGCCCGUCACUAACCCACUCAAACACUUCCCCAUCGACCUGCGUACAUCCAUGGACGGAAAGUACAAGGAGAUUGCAGAGGAGCUGUUCACUCGCAGCCUGACGGAGAGUGAGAUGCGCACCGCUCCUUAUGAGUUCCCUGAGGACAGCCCCAUCGAGCAGCUGGAGGAGAGACGCCAACGCCUGGAGAGGCAGAUCAGCCAGGACAUCAAGCUUGAGCCAGAGAUCCUGCUCCGCGCCAAGCAGGAGUUCAUGAAAAUCGACAGUGAUGCCGACCUGGAGUUGAUGAAUCAGGAGGGUGGUGUGGACAGGACCGAUGAUGGCUGGAUGAAGGAGAGAGUAUUACCAAUGGAGCGAGAGUACCAGCGUGUGUCAAUAUCAGGGGAGGAGAAGUGUGGGGUGCCCUUCACAGACCUGGUGGAUGCAGCUAAGUGUGUGGUGAAGGCCCUGUUCAUCAGGGAGAAGUACAUCGCUCUGUCCAUGCAGAACUUCUGUAAGACCACUGCCCGUGAGCUGGGGGAGCUGGGAGAGAAACCCUUGGACCUACGCAUCUAUGAGGAGAUCCCUGAGACCCCCGUUGAUGCAGAUGCUCCAGUCCACCCCCCUGUCUCAGAGACUCACCCCUAUGAAAACCAGGUCACCAAGAACAUGCCUGCAGACACAGAGUACAGCUGUAAGAUGGUGGAUGGGGUCAUGCAUGUCUACACCAAGAAGAGCCCCAUGGAGAAGAGUACAGAGUUGGACCUGCCCUACCCAGACCUGAAGGAGUACAUCGCUGACAUGAAUGUCAUGAUGGCUCUCAUCAUCAACGGACCAGUGAAGUCGUUCUGCUACCGCCGGCUGCAGUACCUCAGUUCUAAGUUCCAGAUGCACAUUCUGCUGAACGAGAUGAAGGAGUUGGCAGCCCAGAAGCAGGUUCCUCACCGCGACUUUUACAACAUUCGCAAGGUGGACACCCACAUCCACGCUUCAUCCUGUAUGAACCAGAAGCACCUUCUGCGCUUUAUCAAGCGGGCCAUGAAGAAGUACCCUGGAGAGAUAGUCCACAUGGAGCACGGGCGGGGACAGACCCUCAUGGAGGUAUUUGAGAACAUGAACCUGACCGCCUUCGACCUGAGUGUGGACACACUGGACAUGCACGCGGACCGCAACACGUUCCAUCGCUUCGACAAGUUCAACGCCAAAUACAACCCCAUCGGAGAAUCCAUCCUGAGAGAGAUCUUCAUCAAGACAGACAACCACAUCGAGGGCAAAUACUUUGGCCACAUGAUCAAGGAGGUGAUGGCUGACCUAGAGGAGAGUAAGUACCAGAACGUGGAGCUGCGUCUGUCCAUCUACGGCCGCUCCCGGGACGAGUGGGACAAGCUGGCCCAGUGGGCCGUCAAACACCAAGUCUACUCUGACAACGUGCGCUGGCUCAUCCAAGUGCCCCGCCUCUUUGAUGUGUACCGAACCAAGAAGCAGCUGGCUAACUUCCAGGAGAUGAUGGAGAACAUCUUUAUGCCUCUGUUUGAGGUCACCAUCAACCCCCGCAGCCACCCUGAGCUGCACCUCUUCCUGCAGCACGUGGUGGGCUUUGACAGCGUGGAUGACGAGUCCAAGCCGGAGCACCACAUCUUCAACAUGGACAGCCCCCUGCCAGCCGACUGGACAGAGGAGGACAACCCUCCCUACUCCUACUACCUCUACUACACCUACGCCAACAUGACCGUGCUCAACCAUCUGCGCAGGAGGCAUGGUUUCCACACGUUGGUGCUGCGCCCUCAUUGCGGGGAGGCGGGGCCUGUCCACCACCUGGUGUCUGGUUUCAUUCUGUCAGAGAACAUCUCCCAUGGGCUGCUGCUCAGGAAGGCCCCAGUGCUGCAGUACCUCUACUACCUGGCUCAGAUUGGCAUCGCCAUGUCCCCCCUGAGCAACAACAGCCUGUUCCUCAGCUACCACCGCAACCCCCUGCCUGAAUAUCUGGCCAGAGGCCUCAUGAUCUCUCUGUCCACUGACGACCCCCUACAGUUCCACUUCACCAAGGAGCCCCUGAUGGAGGAGUACAGCAUCGCCACACAGGUGUGGAAGCUGAGCUCCUGUGACAUGUGUGAGCUGGCCAGGAACAGUGUCCUCAUGAGUGGCUUCUCCCACAAGGCAAAGAGCUACUGGCUGGGGCCCAAAUACAGCAAGGAGGGCCCUGAGAGCAACGACAUCCGUCGCACCAACGUCCCGGACAUCCGCGUGGCAUACCGCAGUGAGACCCUGCUGGAGGAGCUCAACCUCAUCACCCACGCUGUGCACACCAAGGAGCUGGACAACAUCGACGAGGAAGACACCCUCUCCAUGGCCCCCGUUGGGGCAGAAGGACACUAAAUCAACAACCCCACCCCGACUUCUAACCCCCCCCGGCCCCUCCCUGCAUGACACUGGGGAGGUGCAGUAUGAGUGGACUCCAGCUUGUUGUUUAACCUCUACCUCUUACCCCCUUAUCCCCCUCCCACUAGGGAAUUGGACUGUGCACUCGUCUCUCAGCUCUCUUGUACUAAAGCCAAGGAUACAAUGCUCCCUGAGUGGCCCCAUUUCUCUGUCGGUGAUGGGGGUAGUCAGUAUGGACUCAUGUUCCAGUCCCCCCUUCUCCCUCAACCCAGGUUCCCUCUUCAACUCUCUCUGUCGGUGAUGGGGGUGGUCAGUAUGGACUCAUGUUCCAGUCCCCCCUUCUCCCUCAACCCAGGUUCCCUCUUCAACUCUCUCUGGGUAGCUCCUGUUUUUCCUCUACUUCUUUUGACUCCUCCCUAUCUCUCUAAUACUCACUGUGAGAUUUCAAUCAGCACGGCCAAGGUUGGCAGGGGGAACAUCCAGUGCUUGGAUUAUUUUCUAAUACACAUAUGGGAGGAGAGAGACUGUAGCCUGAAGUCUUUUUUUUCACCUCAUCUGUUCUUCGAUCAGUUCCUGGAUCACUUUCUCUGUCACUUUGAUCUCCUGACCCUUCAAACCAAUACUUCUGCCCUUUGCUUUGUCAUGUGACCCUGCAUGAGAAAAAGGGUCCCACAGUUCAGCCUGUGAUUUGUUGGCAUGUUUGUACCCAUCACCUAUAUUUCACACACACACACACACACACACACACUGCACAGUUUAGCCGUCCUGAAAGCUGCUCCUCUUCCAUCACACAGUCGUGCUGCCUGAAGCUCAUCUAGUUUAAUAUCUUCACAAUGAAGUAGGGAAGCAGAUACAACUUAACAUAAAUAUUAUGAGGGUGUUUGUUGUCCAUGGGUCGCCUAACCUACACAACAUGGACACACCUAAACAAUGCAUAGGUGAAUGUUCCACCCCACAUUGUUCCAACACCCGUUGCGCACUGAUAGGAACAGUCACAUGUAACUUAGAGUUUCAUGGAAACCGCGGUAACAAACUUCUAAUGUAUGGACGUACUGAGUUAAGAAAAAUGGAGAACGGACCAAAUCUGUGUGGCCUAGAAGCAGAAGUCGUGCACAAUUCCAGUCUGUCUGCUGCUGGGUAUCUGAUGGCUUUCAUCCUUCUCUGUGCUUCUGGAAGGUUGUAGGGAUUUAUUGGCUAAAUGAGUCCUCUCGGCCGGUCUCCCUGAUCUAAGUCAGCUCUGAAUGAAAUAGCAGGCAGGACAUUCAGCAGGGAAACAGCAGCAUGGAGCUGUGUACCUGACUGGUCUAGUGCAAACAUUCCAUUAAAUUAAUAUUAAUAUCAAUGUUAUUUUUAUUUAACAAGUCACAUUAGUUAUAGAAUAUGCAGACAAAAAGAGUAGAUUUAUACUAUUCCAUGAUAUGUACAAUAUACUAAAUAUCUAAAAAGGAUAUAGAUACAUGUGUGUAUAUCUAAAGAAGAGGUACAUUUCUGUGUAUAUCUAAAGAAAAUAUAUCAGUCUGGUAGUGGAUGCUUAGAGGUGUGUAUGAUAAGAGAUGUUAAACCACAGCUUUGUUUUCCAAGCACAAGUCAAGAAGAAUGUCAGGGAGGCUCCCCUGUCCCCUUACAAUUACCUCAACACUCAGUGUGUGAGUGUGUGUGUCGCUCCCACACACCCCUUGGAGACCAGGACAGACCCCGGGGACUGACCUCUGGGCCCACUAUGUUAGUUAUUGCAUGCAGUGCCCUGUAUGCACCAAACCAGACUUACCGGGUGAAGGCCUUACCACUGCUAGCCUGUCACUCUCCGUUUUCAUGCCCUGCUGCAACGCCUCACUCCUCAUCAACCAUAACACCUGUCCUCUUCAAGCUUAAGCAUUGUUGCUGUCCUAACAUCAAGGAACUGAUACCAGGCUGCGUGCUGUAAGUUAAAGUACUUUAUCCUUUAUCUACCCAGGCCUUCCAGUGAAGUGGAAGAAGCGUUUUUAGCAAUGCUCUGCUUUGCCUGCAUUUCCACCGUGCAUCUGAUGUUGUGCAUGUCUGCAUGGACCACUGUGUGGCCACGGGAGUGUCUGGGAAGCUGGUUAAAGUGCUCUGUAAUGUGAAAAAGCAACACAUGACAAUCCAAGGAAGCUGAACAACUCAUGUAUGAAGUAUGUGUGCAGUCAAUGAUUGUUGUUAGUUUGAGUUCUGCAAAACAAACUCAAAUCCAGCUCAUCACUAUGGCAACGCUCAAACCAUGGGGAGACAAAGUUGCUUGAACUCUCCCCCAUCAGUCAUGGUUUUCGUGGUCACCAAAACAGAUGUGAUCUGUACCAUAGAGAUCCUAUUGUAAUUCCUAAUUCUAUGUUCUGUAAAUUCACCCCCAUCUCACCCAACGAGCCUUUUCCUCAUCGGACCUCUUCUGUGAUUCAAACUGUGGGAGUUCUAUUUGUACAGUCCUAUUAUUUGCCAAGACUGUUAACUACUGGGCCCUAGUUGUAAAAUGUUCACCACGCAUUGCAUACCAUUACCUACCAGCCCAUUUUAAAAACCUAAGUGUGACAAAAGCCACACAAAAUAUACGAGUAAAUGUUUGAGAAACCAGAUAAUUUAGGACAAGCUGAACAUGGGGAUGGAUUUAAUAUAUAAAGUGUAUUUUUUUAAAGGCUAUGGAAAUAAAAGGUUUAUAUAAACAGUAUAUCAAUAUCUAGAUCACAAACUUGAAGUUUCGUUGCUGUAGAUCAUUUUAAACUGCCCUUGUUUAAGCAGAAAGAUGUAUUUUGUCAUAUUAUUAUUGGCCUUGUCUUUCACUAGAUUUACAAUGGGACUCAAUAUUUCCAUGUAUAUUCUUUUAUUAUUUAGUAUUUUAAUCGUUUUUCUUGUGUUCUUGUUGUGUUAGGACUGUUGAAGUGUUCCAUGUAGCUCUCCCUCAGUAGAGUAUUGAGUGAUGUUGAUCAAGUUAACUAGGGUUAUUUGGAGGGGCCUUCAUCAAUGGUAGGACCCAGAGCCAUAAUGGGUAAGUGCCUAGAGCCAUGGGUAAGUGCCCAUGUAUGUAAUCUGGCUGUACAUUCACACCUAAACACCCACUCAAACACUGUAAUCCUUCCCACAGACAUACAGCCAUAGACUGGAACACUGUUUCUCUUUGAUUGAAAGAGGGCUUUAAAAAACAAGCAACCGUUUAGUACAACUUUUGAUUUGAUUCUUUGAAAUCGUAUUUUGCAGGGAAUUAGAGAAUGCAUGUAUGAUUUGAAGGGUUUGUGUCUCCUCAUGUGGAGUAGGAUGCAGGUAUGAUUUGAAGGGUUUGUGUCUCCUCAUGUGGAGUAGGAUGCAGGUAUGAUUUGAAGGGUUUGUGUCUCCUCAUGUGGAGUAGGAUGCAGGUAUGAUUUGAAGGGUUUGUGUCUCCUCAUGUGGAGUAGGAUGCAGGUAUGAUUUGAAGGGUUUGUGUCUCCUCAUGUGGAGUAGGAUGUGUGUAGUUACUUGAUAAACGAUCAGACAUCCAUGUUUAGAUCCAGGUGUGGCUCACUGAGGGACCCAACAACUUCGUUGACCUUUACCUUUUCAUUUCAGAUUGUCCAUCGGAGUUCACAGAUGUGUUCUUUCAAAACCUCACUAACUCCUGUUGUUGGUCUCCAUCUGUAAAAUGAGUUUAGUUUCUUUGCUUGUUUAUAAACUACAAUGCUAGCGAACCUGUUGGUUCUACUGGUACCAUAGACCAUACUUUAUCAAGCUUCACUAAGGACUGCCAUAUGUAUUUCUGUUCCAAUCGAAAGAGCACACAAACAAAGUUGGAAGAAAUAAGUCAAAUGCUGUUUGUUUUCUUGCACUGUGUUCAGUAGUGCAAAGAGUCUUGGGCAGUAGUGAUAUACAGUGUGUUGUCAUCACAGAACACAAACCAAUUAAUCAGUCAAUUAUCACACUUCGAGUUUUGUUUUUUGUUCAUUUGAUUUUCUCAUUGCAAAAUCACAUAGUAUUCUUUUCACUUCAUUAUGUUUAAUACAAAGAGUUUGUUGACUUGUUUUGUGCCUCCAUUCAUUCAUUCAUUCAUUCAUUGUUUUAGACAUUUGAAUGUUUUUCCAUGAAAGGUUCUCUGCACGUGUUUUAUUAUUGACAUGGUUGUCUUUCAUUUGUUUAAGUCUAUUGUAGUCACUAUCAUGACUUUAAAUGAAUGCCAAUGUUUUACAUUUACUCAAAUGCUUCUGAUAUGGUACAUGUGUAACAUCUGAAAAAUGAAAUAAAGCAUGUUUAUUCAUCUAA